AUGGCUGAAAUAGUACUUUCUUCCUUCUUCUCGGUGUUAUUUGAAAAGCUAGCCUCUGAUUCGUUGAAGAAGCUCACUCGCCUUAAGGGAAUUGAUUCCGAGAUCAAGAAACUGAAGAGAUCAUUAAACCAGAUCAAAUUGCUGUUUAAUGAUGCUUCUCGUAAGGAAAUAACUGAUGAAAGUGUUAAAGAGUGGCUUAAUGGUCUCCAGCAUCUGGCUUACGACAUUGACGACCUACUUGACGAUUUGGAAACUGAAGCUAUACAUCGUGAGUUAUCCAAGGAACGUGGAGCCUCCAUAAACAUGGUAAGAAAUUUCAUUCCGACUUGUUGCACAAAUUUCUCAGUAAGUACAAGUAUGCAUAGCAAGUUGGAUGAUAUUACCACCAAGUUACAAGAACUGUUCGAGGAAAAAGAAAAUAUUGGUUUAAGUGUGAGAAGUGAAAGCCCAAAACAGAUGAACAGACGAUUACAGACCUCUUUGGUUGAUGCAUCUAGUAUUGUUGGGCAUGAAGGUGAAAAGGAUGCGUUGCUCCACAAGCUACUCCGGGAUGAACCAUGUGAUAAAAACUUUAGCAUCGUGCCCAUAGUUGGUAUGGGUGGGGUAGGUAAGACCACUCUAGCUAGACUUUUGUAUGAUGAAAUGCAAGGGAAUGCUCACUUCGAACUCAAAGGCAUGGGCGGGGAAAACAAAGAAUUUAAGGACUUAAAUCUUCUUCAAGUAGCUUUAAAAGAGAAGAUCUCAAAGAAAAGAUUUCUUCUUGUUCUUGAUGAUGUGUGGAGUGAAAGCUAUACCGAUUGGGAAAUUCUAGAACGGCCAUUUCUUGCAGGGGUACCUGGAAGUAAGAUUAUCAUCACCACCCGGAAGCUGUCGUUGCUAACCCAGUUAGGUUACAAUCAACCUUACAGUCUCUCGGUUUUAUCACAUGACAAUGCUGUAUCUUUAUUUUUUCAACAUGCAUUCGGUGAAAAUAACUUUGAUUCACAUCCAACACUUAAACCACAUGGUGAAGGUAUUGUCGAAAAAUGUGAUGGCCUGCCAUUGGCUUUGAUAGCACUUGGGAGGUUAUUGAGGACAAAAACAGAUGAGGAUGAAUGGAAGGAACUUUUGAAUAGUGAGAUAUGGAGCUUAGGAAAGAGAGAUGAAAUUACUCCAGCUCUUAGACUAAGCUAUCAUGAUCUUUCUUCCAAUUUGAAGCUGUUGUUUGCAUAUUGUUCCUUGUUCCCUAAGGACUACAUGUUUGACAUAGAGGAAUUGAUUCUAUUAUGGAUGGCAGAAGGGUUUUUGCGUCAAUCAACGAAAGGGAAAUCAAUCGAACGCAUGGGUGUUGAAUGUUUUGAAGACUUGUUAUCAAGGUCAUUUUUCCAACAUGCACCCAAUGACAAAUCGUUAUUUGUGAUGCAUGACCUGAUGAAUGACUUAGCCAUGUCUGUUGCUGGAGAAUUUUUUUCAAGGUUAUACAUUGAGAUGAAGAAGGAAAUUGGGAAGGAUGAUCCGGGUAAGUGUCGCCAUAUGUCAUUUGUUUGUGAGAAGUAUAUGGUUUACACAAAGUUCGAGGCAUUCAAAGGAGCUAAUAGUUUGAGAACAUUCUUAGCAUUAUCUUCUGAGCGAAACAGUUGGCAACAAUUCCACUUAUCAAAUAAAAUUCUGACAGACUUAGUUCGUGAUUUACCAUUAUUAAGGGUCUUAAGUUUCAGUGAACUUAGCAUAAGCGAGGUACCAGAAUUCAUUGGCAGUCUAAAGCACUUGCGGUAUCUUAAUUUAUCUAGAACUGAAAUUACACAUUUGCCUGAUAAUGUCUGUGACCUUUAUAAUUUACAGACAUUGAUUGUUUCUGGCUGUUAUAGUUUGAAAAAGUUGCCUGAGAACUUCUCAAAGCUUAAAAAAUUGCGGCAUUUUGACAUGAGGGAUACACCGCUUUUGAAGAAGAUGCCAUUAGGGAUUGGUGAGUUGAAAAGCCUACGGACUCUCUCUAAGAUCAUUAUUGAAGGAGACAACGGCUUUUCAAUAACCAAGCUUAAAGAUCUAAAGGAUCUCCAAGGUAAAAUUUCCUUUCAAGGGCUUGACAAAGUGCAAAGCCGAAUGCAGGCACAAGAAGUGAACUUAUCCCACAUGAGGCUAAGUGAGUUAGAGGUGGAAUGGAGUGAUGUAUUUGAUAAUUCUCGAAAGGAAGUAGUUGAACAGGAGGUCCUGAAUGUGAUGAAGCCUCGUAACGAAAAUCUAAAACACCUCAGCAUUGUGUCAUAUGGAGGUACAAAGUUUCCGAGUUGGGUUGGGGAUCCCUCAUUUCAUCGGUUGGCUGAAGUGACAUUAAAUGGUUGUAAAAAGUGUACAUCUCUACCGCUACUUGGCCAGCUACCAUCACUUAAGGAGUUGUAUAUUGAAGGCAUGGAUGAGGUGAAAGUUGUGGGUUUGGAGUUUCUUGGGACUACUGGUCUUGCAUUCCCAUCACUUGAAAAUCUAACUUUUCGAGGGUGGGAGGCAUGGUCAACCAAUAAUAAUGCGGUUGUCGGUACAACAUUUCCAUGCCUUCAAGAGCUUUGGUUAUAUGGUUGUCCUAAUUUGGUUGGAGUCUCAAUUGAAGCAUUACCAUCGCUGAGAGGUCUAAGUAUAUAUGAUUGUGGUCAUGAGGUGUUGACAAGUCUGGUUCGCCUAGCUUCAUCGAUCACUAACUUGGAUAUAAGUCGUAUUUCAGGACUUAAUGAUCAGGUGUGGGGAGGUAUUAUAGAGCAUCUUGGGGCAGUUGAGGAAGUAAGGAUCACAGGGUGUAAUGAAAUAAGAUACCUGUGGGAAUCAGAAGCAGAGGCAAGUAAGGUUCUUGUGAAUUUAAGGACGUUGUUUGUAAAUAAUUGUUCAAAUUUGGUGAGUUUAGGAGAGAAAGAGGAGGAUAAUUGUGGGAGCAACCUACCAUCUCUUACAACCUUGGCCGUAUGGAAUUGUAAAAGCUUGGAGCAUUGCAGCUGUCCAAAUAGCCUUAAGUCACUUACCAUCCAAUUUUGUAAUAAAUUAAUGGAAAAGGAGUUGGUAGGAGGACAAGAGAAGACUAAGGCACUGAUCAGUUCGAACAUAUUGAUGCUUGAAUCUGUAGUUAUAAUUGAUUGGCCAGAUCUGAAAUCGGUAACUGAUUUGAGUUCCUUCAAUCACCUCAGCCAUCUCUUUAUAGACAAUUGUCCAAAUAUGGAGUCAUUUCCUGACCACGAGUUGCCAAAACUCAGUGUGUUAACACAUCUAAGGAUAGUAGAUUGUCAAAGCUUGGAUGCUUCCUUUUCUGGUGGGCUUUGGCCUCCAAAAUUGUGUCGCCUUGAAAUAGGGGGGUUGAAGAAGCCCAUUUCAAAGUGGGGCCCACAGAUUUUUCCAACUUCACUUAGGCUCCUACUGGCCCCUCAUCUCACAUAUCCCCCUCAUUCAUAUAUCCUGAGGAGUUACAAACUUAAUCUGAAGGUAAGUGCGAGCAGAAACCGAUACAUUCCUGAUUUCUGCAUAUGCAUCUCUACAAGUUGUAUAUGAAACAUUAGAAUCUCAUCUAUAUAUGUAUCAAUAAUGGGAAAAUAAAUAAAUACAAGGGGUUUAUUACUUGUAUUUUAUUUAACAAAAUAGAAAGGAGAAAUCAUUUUUAAUUAUUACCAUUUAUUUGC